AUGAUAAUUUUUGUUGUUGUAUGCAAUGCUUACAGCGAACCCAAUGUGGGUUUCAAACUAUUUAUGGGUCGACCCAACGAUAAAUACGGUUUCAUUAGACCACCGGUUGUUAAUAAUAACGACGAGUCUUAUCGGGAACCGGAGGAGCAAUGGUAUGAACAGAGAGUCGAUCACUUUAAUAAACAGGACAAUAGAACUUUUAAACAGCUUUAUUACGUGGACGACACUCAUCAUAAAACUGAUGGACCAGUAUUUCUCAUGAUUGGAGGCGAGGGUUCGAUUGACUCUACAUAUGUUACAUCUAUGUUCAUGACUGAAAUGGCCCAAAAGUACGGCGCUCUGGCCGUGGCGUUAGAGCACCGGUAUUACGGGAAAUCCAUUCCCACACCAGACCUGUCCACUCAAAACUUGAAAUACCUGUCGAGUGAAAUGGCGCUGAAAGACACGCAACAGUUUGCACUGUAUUUGACCAAAAAGUUAUCACUUGAAGGCAGCAAAUGGGUUGUGUUCGGGGGCUCGUAUUCAGGAAACCUAGCAACAUGGUUUAGGGAAAAGUAUCCCAAUAUAGCUAUUGGUGCCAUAGCAUCGAGCGCUCCCGUCGGCGUUGUUAUGGACAAUAUGUUUUAUUUAGGUGUUAUGAGUGAAUUGAUGGGAACAGAGUGUUCAGAUAAUAUUAGGAAAGCCCACAACGAGUUUGAAGGGCUCCUGAAAACACCGGAAGGUGUAAUAAAAUUACGCAAAACAUUGAAUUUGUGCCAAUCGUUUGACGGCAAAAAUGUUGACAAUAACAGGUAUUUAGCGGAACAGAUGGUUAUGUUUCUGGGGAUGCAUUUGUCGCCUGAGUCGGCAAUCGAUGGCAUCCGUAAGAUAAUGAAUGACAAGUCUGUUGGGACACCAUUUGAAAGAUAUGCCAAAGCGAUCGGUUUGAAUAAUAAUGACCAGGAUUGUUUAGAGAUACAGCAUAGCAUACUUAUUAAAUCAUUACAAAACACAACUAUCGAUCCAAUGGGAACUAUAGGGAUGAGACAAUGGUUGUAUCAGAUGUGCACUGAAUUUGGUUACUUCCCGACCAGUGAUCUACCGAACAGUCCCUUCGGACACAACAUUCCCGUUGAAUACUAUAUUAAACAAUGCACUGAUAUAUUCGGUUCACAGAUAACCGGCCAAACCAUACAGAAAGGGGUCGACCAGACAAAUGCCAACUACGGGGGCCUUAAACCUAACGUAACAAACGUGGUGUUCCCUAACGGGUCACUCGACCCCUGGCAUGCAAUCAGUGUCCUCACAGACCUCAAUAACAGUACCAAAGCUGUGAUGAUUGAAGGCGGAGACCAUUGCUAUGAUAUGAAUAAAUCGAGUCAAUCCGAUUCCCAGAUUUUAGACAUAGUUUCAAAACAAAAUCAUGUUUAUUGUGAACCCAAUGGGGGUCUCAAACUAUUUAUGGGUAGACCUAAUGAUAGAUACGGUUUUAUUAGACCACCGAUUGAUAACACAUGGGAUGAGUCCUAUGGGGAACCGGAGGAACAGUGGUUUGAUCAGAGAGUCGAUCACUUUAACAAACAGGACAACAAGACUUUUAAACAGCGUUAUUUUGUAGAGGAUUCCCAUUAUAAAAAGGGUGGACCAGUAUUUCUCAUGAUUAGUGGUGAAAGUGAGGCAGGUACAUUUUGGCUCACAAAUAUGACUUAUAUGGGAGAAAUGGCCCCAAAGUUUGGCGCUCUGGCAGUGGUGUUAGAGCACCGGUAUUACGGAAAAUCUGUUCCCACACCAGACCUGUCCACUGAAAAUCUGAAAUACCUGUCGAGUGAAAUGGCGCUCAAAGACACGGAACAGUUUGCACUGUAUUUGACCAAAAAGUUAUCACUUGAAGGCAGCAAAUGGGUUGUGUUCGGGGGCUCGUAUGCGGGCAAUCUAGCUGCUUGGUUUAGGGAGAAGUACCCUAAUAUAGCCGCCGGUGCCAUAGCCUCCAGCGCUCCCGUCGAGGCUGUUGUCGAUUUUAUGGGUUAUGCGGGAGUUGUUAGCGAAUCGCUGGGAAAGGAGUGCUCGGAUAAUAUCAGGAAUGCUUUCCUUGAAAUGGAGAACGAGUUGAAAACAUCGGAAGGUGUGAUAAAAUUGCGUAAAACAUUGAAUAUGUGCGACACUUUUGACGGCAAAAAUAUCAAUAAUAACCGAUUGUUAGCGUUUAAUAUGAUGGGCACUAUAUCUCAUGCCGUUCAGUACAACUUACAUCUCGAUGUGAUCCGUAAGAUAAUGAACGACUCCUCAAUGGGUAAACCACUGGAAAGGUAUGCCAAAGUGUUGGGUGUAAACCACACAAAACCGUGCGAUGACGUAAAUUAUAACGCUAUGAUUAUAGAGUCGAGAAAUACAACUAUUGAUCCUAAGAUGAUGGGGAGACAAUGGGUAUAUCAGGCGUGCAGUGAAUUUGCUUAUUUUGUAACCAGUGAUCUCCCGAACAACCCCUUUGGACACAACGUUCCCGUAGAGUUUUGGGUGCAAAUGUGUGCCGACACAUAUGGCCCACAAUUUACGCCACAAAGCAUACAGAAAGCGGUCGACCGGACGAACGCCUAUUACGGGGGACUAAAGCCAAAGGUUACUAAUGUUGUGUUCCCUAACGGGUCACUCGACCCCUACCACGUUCUCAGUGUUCUCCACGAUCUCAAUAACAGUACCAAAGCUGUAAUUAUUGAGAACUACUCACACGGCGGCGAUAUGUGGGGAUCCACACCAAAGGAUACUCAGAUAUCAGGAUUCUCCUAUGCUAUAAAAAAGUUUUUUUUUCAUGUUUAUUGUGAACCAAAUGUUGGUCUCAAACUAUUUAUGGGUAGACGUAACGAUAGGUACGGUUUUAUUAGACCACCGGUUGAUAACACAUGGGAUGAGUCGUAUGGGGAACCGGAGGAACAGUGGUUUGAUCAGAGAGUCGAUCACUUCAACAAACAGGACAACAAGACUUUUAAACAGAGGAUUCCCAUUAUAAAAGUGGUGGACCAUGAGGCAGGUACAUUUUGGCUCACAAAUAAGACUUAUAUGGGAGAAAUGGCCCCAAAGUUUGGCGCUCUGGCAGUAGUGUUAGAGCACAGGUAUUACGGAAAAUCCGUUCCCACACCAGACCUGUCCACUGAAAAUCUGAAAUACCUGUCGAGUGAAAUGGCGCUGAAAGACACGGAACAGUUUGCACUGUAUUUGACUAAAAAGUUAUCACUUAAAAGCAGCAAAUGGGUUGUGUUCGGGGGCUCGUAUGCGGGCAAUCUAGCUGCUUGGUUUAGGGAAAAGUACCCUAAUAUAGCCGCCGGUGCCAUAGCCUCCAGCGCUCCCGUCGAGGCUGUUGUCGAUUUCAUGGGUUAUGCGGGAGUUGUUAGCGAAUCGCUGGGAAAGGUGUGCUCCGAUAAUAUCAGGAAAGCCUUUAUCGAAAUGGAGACUCUGUUACAAACACCGGAAGGUGUGAUAAAAUUACGCAAAACUCUUAAUAUGUGCAACACUUUUGACGGCAAAAAUAUCAAUAAUAACCGAUUGUUAGCGUUUAAUUUGAUGGGCACUAUAUCUCAUGCCGUUCAGUACAACUUACAUCUCGAUGUGAUCCGUACAGUAAUGAACGACUCCUCAGUGGGAACACCACUGGAAAGGUAUGCCAGAGUACUGGGUGUGAACCACACAAAGCCAUGCGAUGAAGUAAAUUAUAACGAUAUGAUCAUAGCGUCAAGAAAUACAACUAUCGAUCCUAAGCUGAUGGAGAGACAAUGGUUAUAUCAGGCGUGUAGUGAAUUCGCUUAUUUUGUAACAUCUGAUCUGCCCAACAAUCCCUUUGGACACAACGUUCCCGUAGAGUUUUGGGUCCAAAUGUGCGCUGAUAUGUAUGGCUCACAAUUCACGGCACAGACCAUACAGAAAGCGGUCGACCGGACGAACGCCUAUUACGGGGGACUAAAGCCAAAGGUUACUAAUGUGGUGUUCCCUAACGGGUCACUCGACCCCUACCACGCUCUCAGUGUUCUCCACGAUCUCAAUAAUAGCACAAAAGCCGUUGUGAUUGAGAACUACUCACACGGCGGCGAUAUGUGGGGAUCCACACCAAAGGAUACCCAGAUCUUGCCUUUGAUAUACUUUAAUUGUGUUUAUUGUGAACUCAAUUUUGGUGUCAAACAGUUUAUGAGUAGACCUAAUGAUAGGUUCGGUUUUAUUAGACCACCGGUUCGUAACACAUGGGAUGAGUCCUAUGGGGAACCCGAGGAUCAGUGGUUUGACCAAAGAUUGAAUCACUUCAAUAUAUCGGACAAUAGGACUUUCAAACAGAGGAUUUCCAUUAUAAAAAAGGCGGUCCAUGAGGCAGGUACAUUUUGGCUCACAAACGCUAGUUAUAUGGGAGAAAUGACUGAAAAAUACGGCGCUUUGGGAGUAGUGUUAGAGCACCGGUAUUACGGAAAAUCAGUGCCCACACCAGACCUGUCCACUCAAAAUUUAAAAUAUUUAACCGUUGAAAUGGCACUGAAAGACACGGAACAGUUUGCACUCUAUUUGACUAAAAAACUAUCACUUAAAAGCAGCAAAUGGGUUGUGUUCGGGGGCUCGUAUGCGGGCAAUCUAGCUGCUUGGUUUAGGAUGGAGUACCCCCAUAUAGCAGUUGGUGCCAUAGCCACGAGCGCACCCGUCGAGGCUGUUGUAGAUUUUAAGAAAUAUUUAGGGGUCGCCGGCGAGUCGUUGGGAAAAGAGUGUUCAGACAAUAUCAGGAAAGCCAACCUCGAAAUGGAAGAUCUCUUGAAAACACCGGAAGGUGUGAUAAAAUUACGCAAAACAUUGAAUUUGUGCCAAUCAUUUGACGGCAAGAAUAUCAACGAUAAUCGUUGGUUAGCCGAGGCUUUAAUGGUUAGUAUUGCGCAUUCCGUUCAGUACAACAUAGAUCUCGAUGGGAUUCGUAAGGGAAUGAAUGACUCAUCUGUCGGUACACCACUGGACAGAUAUGCCCGACUAACCGGUGUUAACCAUACCCUACCCUGUUAUGAUGUCAAUUAUAACGAUUUGCGUAAAAAAUACAACUAUUGA